UGUUCUUCAUGUCCACUGAAAUUUCACAAAUAAUUUUUAUUCCAAUUUAAGAUACAUUUAUCAUCAGCAUUAAAGUUGCUGUGAAAGAGAAUUGAUUUGACCUCAGAAUUUUUAUAUAAGACCAUUUUUAUUUUCUCCUUGCUCCCAUUUGAACAGGCAUAUUUCGCUGGCCAAAAUGGGACAUAAGAAUUCCAGCACCGUCACUGAGCUGGUCCUUGUGGGAUUUUCCAAUCAUCCCCAAAGUGAGACACCCCUCUUCUUCCUGUUCUCUCUGGCCUACUUAGCAAAUUGUUUCGGAAACACAGCUGUCAUCACUUUGGUAGUUCUGCAUUCCUCUCUCCAGACACCCAUGUACUUCCUUUGUCACCUGGCCUUUCUCAACAUAUUUUUUAGCACAAUCGUGGUCCCCAAGAUGCUCUAUAACUUCCUUGCAACCAGGAAAGUCAUCUCUUACAACUUCUGCCUCGCUCAGACCUACAUCACCUUAUUCCUGGAGGUGACUGAGUGCUUUCUUCUUGCAGUGAUGGCACUGGACCGCUAUGUGGCCAUUUGUUUCCCACUGAGAUAUCUGCUCAUCAUGAACACGUCUGUGUGUGUGGCACUGGCUCUGGGAGCCUGGACCACAGGCUUUUUUGCUUCGGUGGUUCCUCUGUUCUUCACAAUCCUCCCACUCUGUGGUCCUUAUGUUGUUGACUAUAUUUUCUGUGAACUGCCCAUCCUUCUUCCCAUGUUCUGUGCAGGUACAUCCCUGCAGGAGGCCAUGAUGCUUGCAGGAAGGGCUGGAACAGUGUUACUCCCCUUCCUCCUCAUUAUUCUCUCCUACCUGCGCAUCCUGGUGGCUGUGAUGAGAAUAGACUCAGUUGAGGGCAGGAAAAAAGCCUUUUCAACCUGCACUUCCCAUCUGACUGUGGUGACCAUAUAUUAUGGAACAGGAUUAAUCAGAUACAUGAGGCCCAAGUCCCUUUACUCAGCAGAGGGAGACAAACUGAUCUCCUUGUUCUAUGCGGUCAUCAACCCUAUGCUGAAUCCUUUCAUUUACAGCCUGAAGAACAUGGAAGUGAAGCAGGCUAUGGGAAGAGUUAUAGGAAAAUACAAAAAUAAAAUUAAAUCACAUACUAGGAUGUGUAGAAGUUAAAGACAAGUUUGUAUUUUUAGCAUAGUCACAUCCAAAUUCUAUGAAACUAACCUCCAUCACAAGAAAUUCCACUUAGGCAAACUUGCAGAAUAAGGUGGUCAUUCAGUUUUUACAAAUCCCCCCCAAGUGUUUUCAAGUCAGAUUUCUCCUCUCUAUGUAUACACACUUAUUGAUAGUCCUUUGUUAAGUGUUAAAAUAUUGCUAUGUCUGGGGCAGGCAUGGUGGCUUAUGCCUGUA